AGAAAUCCAAGGUCAGAGAUCAUAUUUUUAGAGAGAGAGUCAUAUCUCUAGAGAGAGAGAGGUAGAGAAAAGAGAGAAAACACCUCUGUUUCCCUCGUGCACUAUGUAACCUCUGCUUCUCACACUGCAACACACGACCUCUCCCUCGCUCCCUCCCUCUCUCUACCAGAUAAAAAUGGCGAAGUUUCUUAGAUUUUCCAGAAGUGCCGUAAAAUCCACUAUCCUCCCUUCGUGCUCAGCUACUCUAAAACUCCCUCUUCCUUCUUUAUCCCCUGUAACUUCUAGGCCUUUCUUCACCGAGGCCUUGUCUGCAACUGAUCACCAUGUCAAAUGGGAUUACAGAGGUCAGAGAAAGAUAAUUCCUUUGGGGCAAUGGCUCCCUAAGAUUGCCGUUGAUGCUUAUGUUGCCCCAAACGUGGUCUUAGCUGGUCAGGUUAAUGUUCAGGAUGCUGCCUCUGUGUGGAAUGGGUCGGUUCUUCGUGGUGAUCUCAACAAAAUUACAGUGGGAUUUUGCUCCAAUGUUCAGGAAAGAUGUGUUCUUCAUGCCGCCUGGUCUUCACCCACAGGGCUUCCAGCUGAAACAACCAUCGAGAUGUAUGUCACUGUUGGGGCUUACACACUCCUGAGGUCUUGCACCAUUGAACCUGAGUGCAUCAUCGGGCAAAAUUCAGUCCUCAUGGAGGGCUCCCUUGUUGAGACUCAUUCUAUCUUAGAAGCUGGGUCGGUCCUUCCCCCUGGUCGUAGGAUUCCAAGUGGUGAACUUUGGGCUGGGAAUCCAGCACGAUUUGUGAGAACUCUAACCAAUGAAGAGAUCCUGGAAAUACCCAAACUCGCGGUUGCCAUUAAUGACCUAAGUCGAAGCCAUUUCUCUGAAUUCCUUCCUUAUUCUACUGUUUAUUUGGAGGUCGAGAAGAUGAAGAAAUCACUUUCUAUUCCUCUGUGAAGAAGCUGAUCCCUUCAUCACCCUUUGGUUUUCCUUCAAAAGAAUAAGCCCCACCACAAACUGUCCUUUGACCAUGGUCUUUUAAGCAUUUUUUUCGUUUGCAGAGUUGGGAGAGAGGAACUGCUUUGUUUUUAUGUCUACUGUGGUGAGGAGUGAGGAUUGAGGAGAGGGUUUGCCAUGGCCUUCAUUUGGCAGGUUUUAUUUAUGCUCUCUUGUUGUAGUUAAUCUUUGUUCCAUCGUUUGUAGCUUAAAUCAAAACCAGCAAUUCUGGUUGAUUUUUCAUGGAGCUAUGGAGAAUCUAAAAUAUGUUCCGUACCC